AUGGAUUAACAAGAUUAAGACUCAUUAUUGCAAAUUUCCGAAUCUGACUGUUAAACUAAUAUGCUUCUAUCAAAUAACUUAACUGAUAUCUUUUUUAAUGAUUAUUAUAGCAAAUUUAAGAAUAGUUAAAACAUACAAGAACCCUCUAUGACUAUGUCAAGAGUAUCUUAAUUAGAUAAAAUUUCUGAUGAUAAUUCAAAUAUCACACAUAUGAAAGUAUAUCAUGCUUCAGAAAGAUUGCUAUUUGAAUUAUAAAAAAAUUAAGUAUAUCUCUUACAUUAUAUAGUUAUUAGAAAAUAAAUUAAGUUAACAAGCUAAAUUGAUAUAAAAUUUAUAAGAAUAGAUAAACUCUAAAGAAUUGUAAUUACAAGAAAGCAUUUAACUAUGUGAAUAACUUUAAUCUUAACUAGAAAAUCACAAAAAAAUUAAUAAAGAACAAUCAAAAUAAAUUUCAGAACUUAAAUUUGAAAUUAAGGAAAUUAAUAACUAAUUAUUACAUAUUUCUUUUUCAAAAAGAAUUAAUCUCAACAAUUUAAAGUAAGAAACUAAUCAAUCUUCUAUUGAAUGCCUUUCCUUUAGGCCUUCAUCAUCAUAACCUAGAGAAAAAAAAACAAACAAUAAUCAUUCCUACUCAUCUUCUAGAGCUAAUUUUUAAAAAAUUCUAACUGAUAAUACAUAAAACAUUUCAAAUGAUAAAAUUAUUAAGGAUAAAGUUUUAUCUUUUUUGAAUCCAAAACAUAAAAAUACUUAAUAAAAUGAAAAAGAUAACAAAAUAAAAAAAUAUUAUAGAUCUUAAUCCAAUUUUUGGUCCAGUGUUACAACCUCUCCUAAUCCUAGCAAAAGCAAUUAUACAUAAAUUAGCAUCUCUACUAAUAAAUCAUAAAUUUCUGAUAAGAAAAUUGAGAAUACUCUCACUUUAUUAAAAGCUAUUAAAAUAUAAUGUAAUCAAUUUUCAAAUAACAAAAAACUACACUGA